AUGAAAAUCGAGGAGGUAAAAAGCACUGUGCGUACCCAGCGCAUUGCAGCCCACAGCCACGUGAAGGGACUCGGCCUGGACGAGACUGGAGCAGCCAUACAAAGCGCCGCUGGACUAGUUGGACAGAAGGCAGCCCGUGAGGCUGCCGGAAUCGUGGUGGAUCUGAUCAAAUCGAAAAAGAUGGCUGGCCGCGCUUUGCUUCUAGCCGGCCCACCCGGCACUGGCAAAACAGCCAUUGCUUUAGCUAUAGCACAGGAGCUUGGAAACAAGGUGCCAUUUUGCCCGAUGGUAGGCUCCGAGGUGUUUAGUAAUGAGAUCAAGAAGACCGAGGUACUCAUGGAAAAUUUCCGUCGCUCCAUUGGUCUGCGUAUACGUGAGACCAAAGAAGUCUACGAGGGCGAAGUAACCGAGCUAACUCCAGUAGAAACCGAGAAUCCAAUGGGGGGUUACGGAAAGACCAUUAGCAACGUUGUCAUUGGCCUGAAGACCGCCAAAGGCACCAAGCAAUUGAAGCUUGAUCCCAGUAUUUUCGAUGCGUUGCAAAAGGAGAAGGUCGAGGUGGGCGAUGUCAUCUACAUCGAAGCCAAUAGCGGCGCCGUCAAGCGUCAGGGACGCAGCGACACAUUUGCCACCGAAUUCGACUUGGAAACGGAGGAGUAUGUGCCAUUGCCGAAGGGCGAUGUACACAAAAAAAAGGAAGUCAUACAGGACGUUACACUGCACGACCUGGAUGUGGCCAAUGCACGACCGCAGGGUGGCCAAGACGUGCUCUCCAUGAUGGGUCAGCUGAUGAAGCCCAAGAAAACUGAAAUUACAGACAAGCUGCGUAUGGAGAUCAACAAGGUUGUGAACAAAUACAUUGAUCAGGGCAUUGCAGAGCUGGUGCCCGGCGUGCUGUUCAUCGACGAGAUACAUAUGCUCGAUCUGGAGACCUUUACCUAUUUGCACAAAUCGCUGGAAUCUCCCAUUGCGCCCAUUGUCAUCUUUGCCACCAAUAGAGGCCGCUGCGUCAUUCGUGGAACCACUGAUAUAGUGUCUCCUCAUGGAAUUCCAUUGGAUUUGCUCGAUCGCUUACUCAUUAUUCGCACACUUUUGUACUCCACAUCGGAUAUGGAACAGAUCAUCAAAUUGCGUGCUCAGACUGAAGGUCUCCAGCUGGAGGAAAAUGCUUUCACGCAUCUCAGCGAGAUUGGAACAAGUUCCACUUUACGCUAUGCCGUUCAGCUCUUGACUCCAGCUCACCAGAUGUGCAAGGUUAAUGGACGCAAUCAGAUUUCUAAGGAGGAUAUUGAGGACGUGCAUUCGUUGUUCUUAGACGCUAAGCGCUCCUCGAAACAUCUGUCCGAAAAGAAUAAUAAGUUUAUGUUGUAAGUUUACUUAAAUCAUGUAAAACACAAUUCCAUAUUCACCGAUACUUUAAUAAAUUUUGCAAACUAUCGAGUCUAAU